UUCCCCAUCUAUUUCUCCAAUUCCCACAUCCAACGUUUUCACAUUUCCACCUCCGAUUUUUGAUACAACUCAUACAUUUCUCUUCCUCUUUCUUCACCUACCCACCUAUAUUCAUUGAUUUUUUAACCCCUGUUUAUAUGAAAAUCACACCAUCUGACAAUCUCCUCUCGCACCAAUACGACCCCUCUUCCGAUUUUGACCCUAGCUUCUUCCAAACCCUCUCUUCUCUAUCCCCACUUGACAUGGGUAUUAUUGGAAACAACAAAAAGAGGAGGCACAAACCGGGGGGCGAAGACUACCACAGCGGAGGAGAUGAGAACGCCCACAGCCAGAAACCCAAGGCAUCAAAGAAGAAGAAAAUUGCUAUAACGGAACUGGUCGCUUCGUUGUUGAUGUUGGAAGAGCAAGAGAAAGCGGAGGAGGUGGAGAACGACAAGGCUUCUCAGCAAGAGAAGCUGCUCUUCGAGGAUAAUCACAAGCGCGUGACGCAAUCGAUGCUGAAAUACUACUCGCAUCUGCAGGAUAUUUACUCUGAUCUUGAUGAGAACGACCGCUGCCGCACGAAACGCGCUCGUCUUGCUGCGGCAGCUGCUGUGACUGCGGCUGCUGGCGAUGCAGCUGCCGCUGAGCAAGGUGUAGCUGGCUCGGCGGGUGUGGCGGGACAGCAGCAGCAGCACCGGCGGCUUUGGGUGAAGGACCGGUCCCGUGCGUGGUGGGACCAAUGCAAUCACCCGGACUUCCCUGAGGAGGAUUUCCGGCGGGCCUUCCGGAUGGGCCGCGCCACGUUCGACAUGAUCUGUGACGAGCUGGGGUCGUCUGUUGCUAAGGAGGACACGAUGCUCCGGGCUGCUAUACCUGUCCGGCAGCGUGUCGCAGUUUGCAUCUGGCGGCUCGCCACCGGUGAACCCCUCCGCCUCGUUAGCAAGCGGUUCGGGCUCGGCAUCUCCACCUGCCACAAGCUCGUGCUUGAGGUCUGCUCUGCCAUCAAGACCGUCCUCAUGCCCAAGUUCCUCCAGUGGCCCAACGAUGCUGCUGCUGCCAAGAUCAAGGAGGAGUUUGAGUCAGUCUCCGGCAUCCCGAAUGUCAUGGGGUCCAUGUACACCACCCACAUCCCAAUCAUCGCUCCGAAGAUCAGCGUCGCUGCCUACUUCAACAGGCGCCACACAGAGCGCAACCAGAAGACGUCGUAUUCGAUCACGGUCCAGGGUGUUGUCGACCCCAGGGGCGUCUUCACUGAUGUCUGCAUUGGGUGGCCCGGGUCAAUGCCCGAUGACCAGGUCCUCGAGAAGUCAGCACUCUACCAGCGGGCUAUGGGCGGGCUCUUGAAUGGCAUCUGGAUUGUAGGCAGUUCUGGGUAUCCUCUAAUGGACUGGAUCUUAGUGCCUUACACCCACCAGCACCUGACGUGGACACAGCAUGCAUUCAAUGAGAAGAUUGGUGAAGUUCAGCGGGUUGCCCAUGAGGCGUUCGCUCGGUUGAAGGGGCGGUGGUGCUGCCUGCAGAAGCGGACUGAAGUGAAGCUCCAGGACCUGCCAGUCGUGCUCGGAGCAUGUUGCGUGCUGCACAACAUAUGUGAGAUGAGGGGCGAGGAGAUGGACCCAAGCCUCAAGUUCCAGCUGGUGGAUGAUGAGAUGGUUCCCGAGAGCAGUAUGAGAUCAGUGAGUUCAAUGCAGGCUAGGGAUAACAUCGCUCAUAAUUUGUUGCACCAUGGCCUCGCGGGUACUGCUUUUCUAUAGCAUUCACUUGUUUCCUGCCAUUGUAAUUCUUUCAAUGUAGAAUAACGCGAUUCAGUCGUGAUUGUAGCGAUUCGUUUGUUCGGCGCCUCGGU